UUGUCAGCUGAUAUAGGAAGGACAACAACGAUAGCACAGCCUGUCGAUUCUGUAUGGAGGAUUUCUACAUUGAAGGUCUGUUUCGGAAUUGACAACCUCCAUGUGUUGUACUUUUACCUAUAAAGAAAAGACUACAUUCUGGUAAUCUGAACCAUGUCCGAUGAUUGCCGGAGACGAAUUAUCCGUGACAACCUUGUUGAGUUGAUAAGGCGCUUGCAUCCCGCAGAGUUACUACCACACCUUACAUGUCUUUCAAUACAGGCAAAGCAAAAGAUAAGGUGCAGAUUAGAAAAUGAGGGUCAAGUUUCAGCAAGCACUUUAUUACUGGAGGAGCUGCCGAGGAAAGAUAGAUGGUGGGAACAGUUUAUGGCAGCUUUACGACAUCCGUUAGUUGACAUGGAUGAUGUCGCUGAUUUGUUAGAAGCAAAUAUCGAAUCUCUCUCGGAAACGCACAUAAACAAGAAUUAUCUUCAUAAUAAAGAAAAAUAUAAAAGAAAAGAAAAGAUUGAUUGGUCAACUCCUCUCGAUAAGUUGCCUUACACUGUUGUCCAAAUUCUGAAGAAACUGGAUGUGGACUCCAAGUGGAAAGAUUUGGCAGCUCAUUUAGAGUACACUGUUGAGGAGGUGGGACGGUUUGAGGUAUAUACGGAUAAAGACGGGAGUCAUGUUACAAAAUUUUACCAUGACCUCGCAAAAAAUCCAGCUUUUAAUCUCGAACAACUCGUCUGUAUUCUGAGAGAAAUGGAAAGAAAAGAUAUUUUGGAAGAUCUACGUCAUAUCAAGGAAUUAAGACAUCUAGACUGGGAUAGUUAUACCACGAUGGCUUUUACAGAGAGUGCUUCACAGAGUCACCUCCUGUCGUAUCCUCUUGAAGUCACAACCAUUGCUAGACAAGAGAGUAGCCAGGGAGAGUCAGAACUGUACGUCGCUUCGAGGAAUUCAAAUAGUAUACCUACUGACGUAAGUCCCGGUUCAAACGGAAGUCACGCAGAGAAAGAUGAGAAAAAUACCUCUGGCGUUACAUUAGGAGGAACGCAGCUUAUGUCAAUGGAUACUUCAGCUGCAAUUGAAGGACCUGCGCAACUUCGUGGUGACACCGAUAACUGUGCCGAAAGAAUUGUUCCAAACAAUGAGACUGAUGACAUGGGCAGUGUUGCUAAAACGCAGGGCGGUCAUAUCAAUGAAUACUUUGAUAAUAACAAUUAUCCCCCCAAGGGAAAUACACAGCCUUUCCCAGAGGACUCUACAACAAAUGAAGGUUCAACAAAGACAGGACUGUGCAGACGACAGGAAGUGGGAAAUACUGUCCCGUUCAGCGCUCAAUCCAGCAAUCUGAACAAAACUGUUAUUGGUAUCGCGGCAACAGGAUUAAUUGCUUAUCUUGUUCUUAAUUUGAAACGCUAAUUUUAGUUUGUUGCUGAUUUUGGUGAUAUACGAAUACAUACAUGUACAUGCAUGUCAAUGUCUGUGAUAUAUAUGAGAUUUGAUAAUUAUUUUCACUGAAUCCUUUUUCAGGGAUAAGAUUUCUUUAUUGCUAAUAAAUUUGUAUUAACUUA